UGGAACUAGUGGAAACUACACAAGCCAUUUCCACCUGCGUAACGGUCCAGUGGUCGUGGCGCCCUGUGGGAGACACUGCAGCAGUGACCGCUCCCUCCCUCCGUCCGUCCGUCCUCCUCCUCGGCCAGCACGCUCAGCCCGGCCGCCAUGGCUGCUAAUCCGGGGGAUGUCAGCCCUCAGCAGGAGGGAGCUGCGGCAGGAGCCGCCUGGAGCUCGCCGGACCCGAGAGGGACCUUCAGGGCUCAGCCAGCGCAGCAUCCGCCCGUUACCAUGGAGACAGCAUCCACAGAUUAUACCAAAACUUUCGACAUAUCGGAACAUAAAUCAAAAAAAUUAACUGAUGAGGCAGACGAUGGAGCCCUUUAUACCUCUCUGACUUCCAUCGGGCAUUUUGAGUCUCAAGCCAAUUCGGCCUACUAUACUGGCAUCCUAAAGAAAGGAAAUGGAGGUACGUCUUUAGAUGACUCCGAGCAAUUCAACAUUGGAAGUCAUUCCCCUCAAGAAAUCCCAAUAUUCGAGUCUCGUGGCCUGUUUAGUUCAGAUUCAGGAAUUGAGAUGACACCUGCGGAAAGUAGCAAUAAAAUGUUGGCAGAUCCUGUGGAAGAGGAUAAAAUAGAUGUGUAUAAAUAUAUGGACAUAAGCAGAUCACCAGACGUAAAACCUCAGCAACCACUUGACCGAGAGGUAGAGGAAAAGAAAAUAAGUAGUCUGAGCUAUGGGUCUCCUGAACAGCGGGAGCAUGAAGUUCUCAUAAAGUCUUCUCAGAAAUACUAUCACAAUGAUGAAAUAUCUCAAGAUCUGUCUUUUGUUUCAUAUAUGGAAGAUCAUGACUUGGGAGCAUAUAGUUCCACAAAAUUCAAAGACACUAAAGCAUCCCCAAUCAAAAUUACACUUACUGGGACAGAACCUCUGGUAGAAGCGGAUUUCUUCGGAACUCUCCAAGAAAAAUCUGAAAAGGGCUUAAAACCAAGUCCAGACAUGGUACCAACUGUCACAGUUUCAGAACCGGAGGAUGACAGUCCCGAGUCUCUGACACCUCCAGAAACAGAUGGAUAUUCAGAGCAGAUUGCAGAAAUGCAGAGUAAAUACAGAAUAUCUGAAGAUGAAUUUAACUCUGCCAUGAAAGCAAAGGAAGGGACAAAAGGCUUUUCUUAUGAAACAAAUGCAGAGCUGAAAUCUGAAAGUGUUUAUACAGAUAAGCAGGAUUAUCAAAGCAUGUCUGUGAAACCAGCUGCGUCCUCUCCAGUAGAUAAUGAAGCCUCUAGCGCUGAAUCUGGAGACUCGGAAAUUGAGCUGGUAUCUGAAGAUCAACUGGCAGCCGAAGAUGCCAUGCACUCUGCCUACAUGACCUUCAGCCACAUUUCUGGUCCUCCACCUUCACCGGCCUCACCGUCCAUUCAAUACAGCAUACUAAGAGAGGAACGCGAAGCUGAGCUGGACAGCGAACUUAUCAUAGAGUCAUGUGAUGGUUCCUCAGCCUCAGAAGAAAGUCCAAAGAGAGACCAAGACUCCCCCAUGAUGAAACCUAUGAUGAUGAUGGACAUUAUAGAAGAAGAAAAUGGCUCAAGAACUGAAAGUUUUGAUGCCAUGGACUUUGAAUUGUCCAGCUCCACAGAGAGGAAGCUAAACAUGGAAAACUUAGCAGAAUCUGCAGCUUAUUUAAAAAGUGCAUACACUACAGAAUCAAAAGCAGAUUUACCGCUGAUGAAGAAAGAUGACAGAUCGCAACAGAAAAAAGCAUCAGAACCCCCAACUUACCAAAGCAAAGUAUCUGGAAAGACGGUUGCUGUUCUGCCAGCCGCCCCGGUGCCAUUUCUCAGUAAGAAGAAAGCUAUUGACUUGUUAUACUGGCGGGAUGUAAAGCAGACCAGCAUAGUAUUUGGAAGUGUCCUUCUAAUGCUCUUCUCACUGACUCAGUUCAGCGUGGUCAGCGUCAUCGCCUACCUAGCUCUUGCUGCACUCUCAGCCACAAUCAGCUUCCGAAUCUACAAAUCAGUCUUACAGGCCGUACAGAAAACCGAUGAGGGACAUCCUUUCAAAAGCUACUUGGAUGUGGAAAUCUCCCUCUCCCAAGAGCAAAUCCAGAAGUACACAGACUGUCUUCAAGCCUACACAAACUGCAUUGUUAAAGAACUGAGGAGGCUUUUCCUAGUGCAGGAUCUCGUGGAUUCAUUAAAGUUUGCUGUUUUAAUGUGGCUGUUGACGUACGUCGGGGCUCUUUUCAAUGGACUCACGCUUCUCAUCAUGGCUGUGGUGUCUAUGUUUUCACUUCCAGCCGUCUAUGACAAGUAUCAAGCGCAGAUUGACCAGUAUUUGGGACUUGUGAGGACAAAUAUUAACACCAUUGUGGCAAAGAUCCAGGCUAAAAUCCCAGGUACUAAACAGAAGGAAUAAAUACACAUUGAAGGAAUUCAAGUACUUGGUAAAUAACGUGAAGUCCGAUGUGGAAACAUACGUUCCUACACUUCACUUCUGAUCUACUGCACCAUUCUGUAAACACACCGCGUACCUACAAACAUCCAAAUACAGAGCAGCUCUUCGGAAUCUGCCUCGACGCUAUUAGAAAAAUUGCAAUCAGCUGUGUCAAGCACUCGAGUAUAGUGAAGAAAUACAAAGUGUACUAGAUGUGGUUUUUUUUCCUGUGUUGCUUACAAAGUGCAUGAUGUCGGAAGCCUACGUACCAUUUGAUUUUUUUUAUACGAUUUUUUUUUUUAACUUAUUUUUUUUAGUGUUCUUUCUGCUAAACUUGCUGACGCUUCUAUAACUUAAUGUGAUGUGAAGGCUUCACUCUUAGAGCACUGACGCAAAUCGUACAAACUUGCUUCUUUGUCUCUGGGCCGCUGGUUGGGUAUAUCUCAAUUAUAUAUAUAUAAAUAUAUAUAUAUAUACGUAGAACUGUAGAACAAUGUUUCGUGUUUUCGAGCACAAAAAGUGAAAAUCAUGUCUGUCCGUUUUGUAUGAAUAAACCUGCAGUACUCUUGUUGUAAGGGAUUGCGAAGCAGAUAUACAUGUAUGGUAUAUAGACCGGUCCAGCUUGUUAAAUUUAUUACAAUUUGUAUUACAUUCUCUGUAGUUCCUAGUGAACUUAUGAACUCUGAAUAUUUGCACUUAUUAUGUACUUGACACUGAAUGCAGAAAUAAAUGGUAAUAAAUGUACAA